AUGCAAAUAGAAGAAGAAAAAGGAAAGGAAAAUGAACUAACUCCUCCUGUAGCAAAAAAAAUCUUUCUUAUUCGUAGGGGUUUUGGCAUAAAAUUUCCAAUAGUAAAUUUAAUAUUAAUGACUCGAAUGACCCAGAGAGCUAAUCCAUGGACUUAAGUUUUCACCUCCCUGAACCAUCAUUUACUAUUUGAAAAUUUUUUGGUAGAAAUCUUCAAAAAUAAGCAAAAUUUGCUAUUUACUUGGGCGGAGUGAGUAUAAUGCCUCAGCCCAAUAAUCAAGGAAUUGAUAAUCGUCUUAAGCUGGGCGAGUAUAUAUGUAAAAAUAAAGCAACUUUUCCUUAUGAAUUAAGCAAAAUUAGUGAGGAUAAAGAAACCAUAGUAAUUUAUCUCAAGCAUUUAAGGCUAGGCACAAUUGGUGCAGUCCAUCUCUCUGUUCUUUUAAACUUCUACCCAAGGCUUCAAAGACUUAACUUAGCAGAUAACAUGCUUUGUGCAUCAGGAAUGAACUCUUUAGCUUCAGCAUUAUCAAAUCUUGUAAACCUCAUAGAUUUACACUUAGAAAUGAAUUUCAUGAAGGAUGGGGCAAAAUCGCUUGGAAUUGCUUUAAAAAGUUUAUCUAAACUAGAAAUUUUGAACUUGUCGGACAAUGACAUCGAUUCUGAAUCUAUAGUAGAACUUUCUAGAGGGCUAUCACAUUUAAAAAAAUUAAAAGUGUUGAAAAUGAAUUUUAAUUCAUUUAAAACUAAUGGGACUAUUGCUUUCGCUAAUGCUUUGGUUCAGAUGCAACAGCUAGAAAUUCUUCAGCUUUUUUGCUGCGAAAUUGAGACUCAAGGAGCUUUAGCACUUUUUCAAAAUUUCAAAGAAUGCAGGUCUUUAAAAAAUGUAACAAUGGGGAAAAAUGAUGAUAUUGCUUCAAGUUUGAGAGGUAAAAUGAAGAGAAAAUAUAAGUUUGUCCAUACUGGAGUAGAUGAACCAGUAAGGUGCGAAAUAUUUUAA